AUGAUUGGGAGUCUUAUGGGCUACGGAGAGACAACCUUCACCCCAACUGGGUCGGCAAAAGAUCUCGCCGGAUUAGAUUUGGAAUCCCUCAAACCGUUAGAUUUUGUUUUACUGGGAGCAAACAGCCACGAAAACAUAAUAGACACAACGACGCAAAUUAAAUCCCUGGUGGGCCCACAGACAAUAAUACUAGUGGAGUCAAGGUACUGUCUGGGAUUAGAAGAGGCGGUGAAGAAGGUGCUCCCCAAAAGUAAGGUCUUAGGGAUGAUCUGUGAUGCAGACGUUAGAGUCAUAAAGACGCAAAGCGGAUACCAAUACUAUCAUAAAAAUCAUAGCGCAGCAGCAGUUAUCGGGUCGUCAAUUACCGAGGACCCAAAUACUGUGCGAUUACUUAAGGGAGAAGGAGAUCUCGGGGCCAAACUGACACAACUAACCGAAAUGCUCAAGAAAACAGAGGUUUACCCCUGCUAUUUGAUUCCCAAGGGCAUAAAUCCAACUUUCAACAGUUAUGGAUGGAAAAGAAUCAUUCCGUUUAUCAGUCUAGAAGUCAUGAGCCUCGUUUACUCAAAACUGAGCACGUUGGAUCCCAUUCAGUUUGGAAUUCUCAAGGGUGUUUUCUCCGAUUUACUCACGCUGGGCCGCAAAUACGGAGCCCCCGACCUCCCAAAUCCCUCAGACUCUUCCAAGACAAAGAGUCUGCUCGACGUGAUGAUCAGAGAUUUUAACCAGUCGUACCCUUCCAGCGCGAUCAAGACACCGAAUUCUUCGAACUACACUGACGGAGUGUCGAAGGAUCCGAUGCUGGAUCUCGCCACAUGUGUUCAUAACUUCAAUUACGGGCACGAGACAUGCGUGAACUUGUCAUUGAAACAAACGUUGGGUCUGGCGACAAAGCACGAUCUCAAAAUGCCAUACGUGGAAAUGCUCUUCAGCUUCUUUGCGGAGAUACAAAAGCUGAAAGAACAAAAUAUAUUUGACUGGGCAAACAGAAGGACAUUGGCUGUUCGAGAAUCCAAUGGUUUUGGGGUCGCCCCGCCCCAGCAACAGGUACAAUAUCAGCAAUAUCCAAUGCAAACAGGACCGGUGCCGAUGAGCCCUAAUCCUGCGGGAAUGCAAAACGGAUCGGGACAGAUGCCGACCAUGCCCGGAAUGCCCCAGUUCAUGCCUCAGAUGAUGUAUGCGCAACAAUAUGCAGGCUACGCCAUGGUGGCUGGGCCAGCCAGCUUUGGCGGAGCGAACCCAGGUCUUGUGCCAAUUCACCCGAGGUUCCGGCCAGACAGCAGCGGGAACACGUCGGGACAGCACACGGUGUCCGCAAUCAAGAACUCGAUGUACAGAAAAUCAUCCACCUCGACGAUCCAAUCGGGAGAAGAGCUCUCGAGAAGUCAGCGUUCGGUGAUUGAGCACGCCAACGUGAAAAACAUGUUCAGCAACACCACCAGCAGGUACGGCGACGUGGACUCGUUCAGCCGUGUGAACGCGUCGAACGGCAGCGUUGCCAGCAGCGGGAGUCUGGCAGGCAGCAUAUGCCCUUCCAAGUAG